AUGAUUGUAUCUAUGACUAGAACCUCUCUUUUUAAAGCUGCGCCGUACAACCGAAGAGAGUUCCAUUACCAAAUGCAGUGGCUUCAUAAAAAUGCGAUCGGGUUCAUGAGGAAGCCUCAUCGACUAUCCGAUAAAGCUCUUCAGCACAUGGAGUGUGAAUUCCUGAGGAUGGAAGGUGUGAGCAAUCGGUUGUGGAAAGAACUCGUCUUACUGAAGCAGACCUCGGUGGACAAGCCAAUGGGAGCAUGUCAAUCCCACGAAAAUUUUUGGGCCAAUACGACGGUUGAUAAUCGUUUCGCCAUCACACACGGUAGCCCAACUUUUCACGCUUACAAGCAAAUUCGCAGUGGCCCGAAAAACAAACGGUCACCCGAGAGAACAUAUGAACUUCAGUCCCAUCCGAUAAUCUCGGGGUGA